AUGUCCUGCCGCUCCUACAGGAUCAGCUCAGGAUGUGGGGUCACCAGGACCUUCAGCUCCUGCUCGGCUGUGGCCCCCAAAACUGGCAACCGCUGCUGCAUCAGCGCCGCCCCCUACCGAGGGGUGUCCUGCUACCGGGGGCUGACCGGCUUCGGCAGCCGGAGCCUCUCCAACCUGGGCUCCUGCGGGCCUCGCAUGGCCGUGGGCGGCUUCCGCGCCGGCUCCUGCGGCCGCAGCUUCGGCUACCGCUCCGGCGGCGUGUGCGGGCCCAGCCCGCCCUGCAUCACCAGCGUGUCGGUCAACGAGAGCCUCCUCACGCCCCUCAACCUGGAGAUCGACCCCAAUGCGCAGUGCGUGAAGCACGAGGAGAAGGAGCAGAUCAAGUGCCUGAACAACAGGUUCGCUGCCUUCAUCGACAAGGUGCGCUUCCUGGAGCAGCAGAACAAGCUGCUGGAGACCAAGUGGCAGUUCUACCAGAACCAGCGCUGCUGUGAGAGCAACAUGGAGCCCCUGUUCAAUGGCUACAUCGAGACGCUGAGGCGGGAGGCCGAGUGCGUGGAGGCCGACAGCGGGAGGCUGGCCUCGGAGCUCAACCACGUGCAGGAGGUGCUGGAGGGCUACAAGAAGAAGUAUGAAGAGGAGGUAGCUCUGAGAGCCACGGCAGAGAACGAGUUCGUGGUUCUGAAGAAGGACGUAGACUGCGCCUACCUGCGGAAAUCAGACCUGGAGGCCAAUGUGGAGGCGCUGGUGGAGGAGUCUAGCUUCCUGAAGCGCCUCUAUGAUGAGGAGCUCCAGGUCCUCCACGCCCACAUCUCAGACACCUCAGUCAUCGUCAAGAUGGACAACAGCCGGGACCUGAACAUGGACUGUGUUGUGGCUGAGAUCAAGGCUCAGUACGACGACAUCGCCAGCCGCAGCCGGGCUGAGGCUGAGUCCUGGUACCGCAGCAAGUGUGAGGAGAUGAAGGCCACGGUGAUCCGGCACGGGGAGACCCUGCGCCGCACCAAGGAGGAGAUCAAUGAGCUCAACCGCAUGAUCCAGAGACUGACCGCUGAGAUCGAGAAUGCCAAGUGUCAGCGGGCCAAGCUGGAGGCCGCUGUGGCCGAGGCUGAGCAGCAGGGCGAGGCGGCCCUGACUGAUGCCCGCUGCAAGCUGGCGGAGCUGGAGGCCGCCCUGCAGAAGGCCAAGCAGGACAUGGCUUGCCUGCUGAAGGAGUACCAGGAGGUGAUGAACUCCAAGCUGGGCCUGGACAUCGAGAUCGCCACCUACAGGCGGCUGCUGGAGGGCGAGGAGCACAGGCUGUGUGAAGGUGUGGGCUCCGUGAAUGUCUGUGUCAGCAGCUCCCGCGGCGGAGUCGCCUGUGGGGGCCUCACGUGCAGCACCACCCCAGGGCGCCAGAUUGCCUCUGGCCCCGUGGCCACGGGAGGCAGCAUCACAGUGAUGGCCCCUGACUCCUGUGGCCCCUGCCAGCCCCGCUCGUCCAGCUUCAGCUGCGGGAGCAGCCGGUCCGUCCGCUUCGCCUAG